AUGCAAAUUCAACAAGAUGGUUUCGAUUUUAAUCAAUUUUUACCGUUUUCCAAUUUCGAAGGUAUUUCACAUCGCGAAGACCAUUUAGUUAACUGUACUGUUAAUAGUAAUAGUUUAUUAUGGAAUGAUCUUAAUAGUGAUCAACUUUUAGCUGCGGAUACUAUUUUAAAAUCGAUAGCCGGUUUCAACUCGCAGAAAUGUUUUUAUUUAGACGGACCCGGUGGAAGCGGAAAAAUGUUUUUGUAUUAUGCCCUAAUUCAAGAAGUUAAUCUCAUUGGUAAAAAGAAAUUAACCGUUUCAUGGACAGGAAUAGCUGCUACUUUAUGA